AUGGGUAAUCUUUUAGAAAAUAAUUAAAAUGUUUAAAAGUCAAACCUAAUGAUGGUAGGACUAGACAAUGCCGGAAAAACUACUAUAUUGUAUUAAUUACAAAGAAAUAAAGUAGAAACAUUGUAUCCAAAAAUUGGAUUUUAUCUAGAAAAAAUAUAAUAUAAACAAUUUGAAAUAUUUUCUUGGGAUAUAGGAGGAUCAGAUCCAAGGAUGUAAAUUUAUAAUCCAAAUGGGUUUACUUACAAUGGAAUCAUUUUUGUAGUCGAUUUUAAUGACAAAGAAAGGAUCGAAUGUUCAGCAACCGAAUUUCAUAGACUUUUGAGCAUGGAAAAUUUUAAAGAAUUGCCUAUUUUAAUAUUGGCCAAUAAAAAAGAUCUAAUUAAAGUGAACAUACAGGAAAUGACAAGAGAGCUUAUGCUUGAAAAAUUGUCUAACAUUUUUCAUAUUCAACCUUGUUGUGCUGUUAAAGGGGAAGGUUUAGAAGAUGGGCUAAAAUGGAUGUAAAAGUAACUUAAGUGA